UCGAAUGAGGUCCUUAUUCAGAGUGCAAAGUAGGAGAUCUCACCAGAGAGUGAACUUCUGUAAAUUGCUUGGCCUGGGCCCAGUUCCAAGGCGUAUCCUCAGCACGGGACGCUAGCCCCUAGCUUUGAGCAUCGUGCUGCGCGCAUGUAUGCUGGUGAAAUGCAUGUCCUCCGAACAUUCGUGCUCUGUUUUGCACUGAACAGAAAUGCAAGCGCAGGACAAAAACGUAAGAGACAUGUUAAUAAACUGUAAUCAUUCUCACAGUGCUGUAACCUCCUGGUCUCCCUUUGGUAUCGUAAGGAUGACUCACAGCAGAGCAGUUCAUGGUGUAAGUGCGUGGGUGGAUCGGCAUAGCUGAUUAAUACGAAGCCCAUUAGUCCGUGACGUUUUUUUCUCUCCGGUUCGUGGCCCACCCCACCACUGAAACAACAACACGGGCACCAUAUCCCAUGCCUGGCCACAAUGCACGAUGAAUUCCAUGCAAGGAGAAAGAAAUGUUGCAAGAAGGAAGAACUCGCCUCAGCUCUACUGGAAGCGUCAAUUGCAAAACAUCAGGCUUGACACCUCCCCCUCACCCCCCUCCCCAGCCCUCAAUGUUAUCAUUCUGUGUGAUAGACCAGCAGGAAGUUCUUCUGCAGUGUCUUGAGAGUGCGUUUCAGAGCAGGAGGUGUUGCCUUAUGGAGACACAGACACAAGCUCUCGCUGUUGUUUUUUUUUCUCCUUUCUGUCUCUUAUCUUUUGAAGUGGAACUUCGGGAAUAUUCUAUAUCCUCAAAUCCCGCACCCUCCCAUUCAGCCAGAGUCUUUGUAUAGGUUCCAGAUAAAAAAAGAUUGCGUGAAGAUCAGAGUUUUCGGCCUUCUGGGGUAAAGCUUUUUGGCACGCGAUGGUGGAGAACUCAUCCCAGGACUGCUCAUCGUCUAAGGAGUCUCUGGCCAAUGUGCUGCCGACGUUCUUGUCCAUCGAGUUCCUGCUGGGCUUGCCUGGCAACAUACUGGCACUCUGGAUCUUCUGCUGCCGCCUGCCAAACCCCCUGCCUAACACAGUGUUCCUGCUGAACAUGGUGAUGGCCGAUUUCCUGCUGCUCGCCGGCCUGCCAUUCCAGAUCGAUUACUUCCGCCGCCACGACAGUUGGAUGUUCCCCCCGAUCCUCUGCAACAUCACCCUCUUCAUGAUGGCCGUCAACCGCUCGGCCAGCAUCGCGUUCAUGAUGACCGUAGCAGUCAACCGUUACUUGAAGAUUGUUCACCCACACCAUCGCAUCAACCAGAUAACGGUGAGACAGGCACGGCUCAUCUCCCUGGUGGAAUGGGUAGUGGUGGUGUCCCUACGACUCCCCCUGCUGACCAAUGAGCUGUCAUGGCCUGAGAACAAUGUCACCCUGUGCCAGAGUUUCGGCAUCUCGACCCUGACCAUGGGUUUGAUGCUCCACUAUGGUGUCCACCUGCUGGAGUUUCUGCUGCCCUUCCUGGUGCUACUUUUCUGCUCCUUCCGCAUCAUCUGUGUUCUGCGCCACCGGCAGAUGGACAAGAUGAAGAAAGGGCAGCGGGCCAUCCGGGUAGUGCAGGUUAUCGUGGCCAUAUUCAUCUUCUGCUUCAUGCCAAGCUUCGUCACUGGUGUGAUAGGACUCACCCUGAAGAAGGAUUCCUGUAUGUACAACCUGGUCAGCACGCUCUUCAGGUUUUCCAUCACGUUCACCUACCUGAACAGUGCCCUGGACCCCAUCCUCUACUGCUUCAGCAGCUCCUCCUUUCACAAUGCCCUCAAGAUGUCCUUUAACAGACUGGGCCUGGUCCAGUUCCAGCUCAACCGGAGGGGAAGCACCAUCAGCGAGGAAUGACACCACCUUAUGCCCGACAUUGGGAAGGGAGACACCCCCCAGAGCCAACAAUGGAUACUCUAGUUCGUCCUGUAGUACUGCCUGACUCUUCCCUGCCACUGCAACACGCCCCACUUGUGCCGUACGUUGUAACCAGAAUCGUAAGGUGCAAGUGUACAGAUACUGUUCGGCAUAAGUAGGCAAUUUAUCAUACACUUGUUUUAUUUUAUCUGCUAUGUGUAAUAUUAUCACUAGUCUUUUAUGUUUUUUAAUGUUUCCACUGUACUUUAGUAUUAAAAUUACGGUCAUAUAUUUUAGUGAAAA